AUGAUCAACAACGUUCCAGCGCUCGAACGUUUAGCUCGCCUUCUAGCGUCAGCUGGAAUAUCGUCACAUGAUGCAAGUUUAUCCACAGGUGCUGAUUUACUGUUUAUGGCUAAUAUCACUAAUUUGAAUAAGCCGAAAGACGCAUUUGAGCAACUAGAAGACGAGCACGGUGCUCGUCAAGGAUUUUGCCACAUUCGAAUCCAGCAACGUACUGGU